CUCGUUUACGUAUCGUUCUUUGUGAAAGUGUGUCGUGUAACUUAUAAGAAAACGAGGAAGAAAUCCGUGCUAAAUGUGGAGCGGUUUCACCGCGUUGCCGCUAGGUGACCGGAUUCCACGACAAUUGUGAAAAGUGCUUCCGGGGGCACUCUAUGCCACUCUCUGUGCAAAGUGAACAUAGCCCAAUAAAGCCAGAUAAACCAUUCACGGAGAAUCGGAGAGCGAUCGUGAGUAGUCGUAUUGCGAGUGUUCCAAUUUCUGCCGCAAUUUGACAGUUUGUUGGCAGCCGAACACGUCGACCAUUUUAGAAGCAAGUGCGCGCAACUGUUUACCAUUGUUUUAUGACCUGCCAUCUGUCAAAGUUGUUCUUUUGUUAUCGGCGUGGCAGCAGACUGGAAACCUCGAGGCCCUUUCAUGGCCUGACAGAAACGUCAAGAAGUCCAGCAGUGACCGAGUCGACGUCGAGGCAUCCUCGGCCAUUUCGCGUGCACGAGGCUCUGCGUGGGAAUUGGACGAUUGUAGACAAUGUUUUAGACCGAUGAACAGAUAAUUGCAGGACCCCUGUUUAUGACCUAGUCUUCCACAUUGAAUUCGGAGUCGUGGAGGAAAAAAUAUUGGUUGAAAUUAUUCGAUUAGCUUUCUGCAAAGGUUUACGUUGGAUUCAAGUAUUACCCGUCUACUUGAUUACUAGAGUUAAUGAUUUCUCGGCCCUAGAUUAGGAUAAAAUAUUCAGGAUCCUUCCAUGGCAAUUGAAACCUCGCUUGAUGACAAAUAUUUGCUACUAUGACAUAAAGAAGACGAUGUGCUCUGAGGGAGAAAGGAAAGAAAGAGAAAAUAACAUUAAACAAGAUUGCAACAUGUUUGAGUCACCGAGAAGUCUCCAGGAAGUCUGUGUUGACUUCAUAUGCGAUAAUGUGCUCGCACUAUGCGAAGUACAGCCUGGCGAUUCUGGUGGACCUGUGUCUGGACCUUUAUCGGUUACUACACUUGAUGAUCAACUAAGUUGUAAUGGGAGUGACAGUAGCGCAAUGAUCACGACAGGGUCGGCGACAAUUAAUUCCACUAAUUCAAAUAGCACCUCAGGAUCAGCCACUCGGUUGUGUUUCAAGAAUUCAGAUGCGUUCUUACCAGCUGAAAUAUCUGAACAAUUAUUGUACAGUUUGUGCGAAAGAAAAGCUCUAUCCGACUUGACAAUUACCCUCUUUGAUUCAAAAACUACGAGACUGAGGCAUGUGAGGCUAAAAGAUGCAUCCACACUUUCCGCAAAGGGCUUGAAGGUUCUACGCCAGCACAAGGUUGUAGACUUGGAAGUAAAUGGACUGAAAAUUACAGUAAACGAUCUGAUAGGUUGCUUAGGAGAUUGGAGUCUACAAAACCUUAGAUCAUUGAGUGUCGCCAAAGGCAGCUUCGUCGAUUGUUCAAGGUACUGCGUAGUUGUGGCCUUGAGCAAGUUAAGAGCGCUGCAAACUCUAAAUGUCUCAGGGACCGAAUUCAAUCGUCAUGGGCUUGAAAUAGUUGUCGAGGAUCUGCCACUUUUGGAGAAUCUGGAUAUUUCUUGUACCCGUGUCGACGACAUAACUCCUCUAAAAAAGUGCAAAGACCGUCUCAAGACUUUGACGAUGUUCAACCUGAAGAUUGCUUGCGCCAACUCGAUGUCGGUUCUCCUCGAACUCAACGAACUCAGAAUCUUGGAUAUCUCCGACGAGAGAGACUCUUAUGCAUUCGAAAUGUUUGCACCAGUCCGAUCAAAGAUAACAGAUCUUCUGAAGGCCGCCCACUGCAUGCCUCAUUUAUUCAGCUUGGAUAUAUCUGGUAAAGAUGAAAUAGACGCGCAGGACCUGAAGAAGUUCCUCAAGGCACAUCGUCAGUUGACAUUUCUGGGACUGGUCCAUUCCGAUGCCUGCUACGAAGACAGCCUCACCAAUCCAUUGAACGCGGAUUUCAGACCCGACUUGAUGGUAAGCGGUACCGCGACGGAAGCGCAAAUUCUGGAAGCACUGAGGAGAUAUUGGAAUCGACCGAUAUACGUUCAGAAGUGCUUGUACAACCUAUUUCGCCUGACGGCUAACUUCAACGAGGCGAGGGUGGACGUAAUAAAAUUAGUAAUUCCGGGCAUGAAAGCCCAUCCUCUGGAGUUUCGCGUGCAGAUGGCUGCUACCGCUUGCCUGUACAACCUCACGAAGGGUGAACUCGCCACCAAGAUUCAUCCCUCGGUGCUGAAACAAAUCGUCGAUUUAACGCUGACCGCGAUGGAGUCCUACCCGAAUCACUAUCAGCUCCAGAAGAACACCCUGCUGACUCUGUGCAGCGACAGGAUUCUCCAGGACGUUGCCUUCGACAAGUACAGGUGUGCCAGGCUAGUAAUGAACUGUUUAUCCGCCUUCGACGACGUGUCGAUGAACCGCAUGUCGGUGGCGAUCUGCUCGAUACUGGCGGCCAAAAUAUCCACCGUCGAGACCUCUUUACUGGGGGCACAGCCGCACUACAUGUCCAAGUUGCUCACCAUGGUCAGGUCGAAGCUCCAAUCCAAGUCCGUCGACAUGACGAUGAAGUUCACGCUGAGCGCUCUCUGGAAUUUGACCGACGAGAGCGCGACGACCUGCAAAGUAUUCCUCGAGGAGGGCGGCAUGGAGCUCUUCCUCGAGGUUCUGGAAAUCUUCCGGGGAGAAUCCAGCGUGGAGACCAAAGUUCUUGGCUUGCUGAAUAAUAUUGCCGAGGUCGGCCACUUGAGACAGCGACUUAUGCAGCCGAGGUUCAUAAUGAUGCUCUCGUUGCUCUUGGCCUCGGAGCACAUCGACGUGUCUUACUUCGCGGCUGGAAUCACCGCUCACCUCCUGAGCGACGGACCUCGCGCCUGGACCAUGGCGUUCUCUUUGCCGACCAGGCUGGAGAUGCUGGACUUGCUCGCGCACGCCGUCUCCGUCUGGCAAACUCCACAAGUGGAGAUGGUGGCUUACCGCAGCUUCCAGCCCUUCUUUCCUCUGUUGAACUGCAAGGACGCUUACCCGGUGCAGCUCUGGGCGGUGUGGGCCAUACAUCACGUGUGCUCGAAAAAUCCGAAGCGGUAUUGCGGCAUGCUGGCGCGCGAAGGCGGCGUCCAGAUUCUGGAGGCGGUGGCGAAGGAGCAGGUCGAGACGAAGGCGCAGCCGAACGUGAGGUCCCUCUGCCAAUCGAUCCUGGAGACCCUGGCUUCUCACCCGUGCUAACGCUCAAUCCUGGAGACCCUCUUGAAGAAAGUACCGACCUUCGAUAUAUGCUAGUCAAUUUUCUAUCGCGACCUGCGAGCUCCUCCUCGGGGUCUACCGGCGGGCCCGCCUCGAAGAGAGCCGAGGUCGCGGCCCCCUCCCGCGAGGCAGACGAGAGAUAUAUUCUGCCAGGAGGUUCUUCGGCUCUUUGGGAAGUCGGUGCUGGCGGGCCUCGAUUUCUCGUUAAACGCAUCCGUAGCCGCAACCUCGGCGCGGUCUCGCCGCGAGAAGUACGCGACCCCGGGACCCCGAGACCGGGCGAUGCGCAGUCUUGGCAUUAGAUAGAACAUAAUUAUUGUUGACCUAGGAUGUAUACCUCGAAUUAUCGCGUGCCGACUACUUCAUGCUUCCCGUCGAGACGAGCCAGCGAAUCCCGUGGCGAUUGGAAUCCAAGGGAUGUCUAGGAUUCGUUUGGGAUUAGGUCGCAGAAUACAAUAGAUCCGCUUCGUCGUGGGUCGCGUUGCUCCAACGCCCGGAAGGGUUCAUCCUAGUUUACAGAAUGGACACGUUAGCGAGCAGGAUUUCAAGAAAGCCAUAUUUUAUUAUACAUGUUAGGAUUAAGUGGCUGCGCAGGAAAAUUAACCGAGGUUAGGAGUCAAGGGAAUGGGCACUAGGAAAUUCCGCUCCGACGAGCCCGGAGAGAUGACUUCCCGGGAACGGAUCGAGUCUCCCGGGGAGGAAAUAUCGCUCGUCCGGAAAUUACUCGUUAUAUUCUCCGAGUUUUAGAAUCGUUCGAUCGAUAGAUAGAGGGGCGAUUUUGCUGCGCAACCCUUCGUUGGGGCUGUUGCAUGAUCCUUGAUGUAGCUCUUUUGAGUAGGAUAAUCCAUAAAGAGAUGGGAGCCAUUGCCGGAAUCUCGUAUCGAACUACCCGUUCGACAGGAAUGAAUUAAAGAGGAUUUAGUCGAGUUCUUCGAUGCCACUUGUUGUGCGAAAAUUCUCUCAAGAUGUUGCAUCGCGUCGACCGAGUGCGUGGACGGACGAGAUCGAAUAACGAUUGUUUUUAAAUAAGGGUGGUUGCAGUUUCGUAUAAUUCUAUCGUAUUCUUUUCCCGAAUGCGAGAGACGCUUAAUAGUUAUUUCCAAACUCGUCGGUACGUAAAAACCGAUAGUUCCGACGAAGUAGUUUUACCGUCGCGUUGACAAGAUAGCAAGAUUACUUUUGUGCAACAACCUCAUACUUGAUCUUAUACGAGAUACGAUAUUUAGAUCCACUUAGAUUUUUUUUUUUUUCUAGUAAUAGAAAUCUUAAGGUUUUGUAAAGAUUCGUUGGUUGUGGAAGCCUUUAGUUGUCACUCUCGUUAAGCUUAAAAGAUCCUCAAUUUACGGCGUAACUGAACCGAGGGAAAGGUUUACAGGGUCCAAUGAGUCGGCGAUCGAAAGCCAUUAGAUGAUAUUUUUCCCGCUUCAGCUUGAUCUGUCUCGAUCGGACGAUUUGUUCGGCUCGAUAGGCGCGUUUCCUCGCAACGGACCUGCUAUCCUUCGAACUAGGCAUUAAAAUAAAAGGAAACGAUGAGAGAUUUUAAUGCGACCGUGAUCCGUGACUCGAACCCUUGUAUUCUGCCUACCGAUAUGAUACGGGAAUCCAAAGUGUAAGUCUCGUGGAAGCUAUUGUCGGAAGAGAGGCAUCGGAAAGGUGGACUUUAACGGAGAAAAUGAUAGGCGACGAUAAGUAUAUCGAGCUGUUGCUAUCUAGACUUAAUCAUCCUUAGAAUGUGUACCUGAACAGACCUUUUAUCCGCUUUAAUUUCACAUUUAACGUUAAUUCGGCUUCCGAUCGAUCUAAUCGCAUUUACGGGCUUUGUUGUAAUAGGUCCGUUUGAUUCGACGCCGAGGAAUGCCUUGGGUCGAUACUUUGAUCGAUAGAAAUGACAAAAAUAACGGUGUGAAUGAACUCAGUGGCUUUGAGCUUAGAAUUAUGAUAAAGCUAAUAUAAUGAUAAUUUAGCAACAAGUAAGAUUAAAUUGUAAAGCUAUAAUGGCAUUAUAGCGAAGCAACCGAAUAGAUUUUCUUGAUUGAA